GGGAGAGGGAUGGCUCGAACUGCUGAAAUCUUGUGAAAUCAUGUGAGAUUCAUCCAUUUAUAAAGCUCCAUUUCUAGAUGAUUUUCCCAUUAAACCUCCAUUUGCAGAUGAUUUUCCUAUUAAAACCUCAUUUACAGACGAUUUUCCCAUUGAAACCUCCAUUUGCAGAUGAUUUUCCCUGCAUUUUUCGGGGACUUGCCAUGAAAAAACACGUGAACGACCCUGGAGUCACGCCCCGGAGGUCGAAGUUGGAGGGCUCCAUCCGAUGCUUCGGAAACCUGGAACCAUCCUUCAGCAGGCUCAAUCCCGCUGCAAGUCGCAGUCGUCUGGUGGACGUGGCUGUGCGGCCAAAGCACCCGAUGGCCUCUAACGGCUAUCCACGGAAGGGGCCAAACCCUGAGUGAGUCUGGGCGAAACCACUGCGCCGUAGCACCCUCUGCUGAAGGC